CCAAUAUUAAUCGUGAUUCGUGAUCGAAGCAGAAGUUUAUUUUUCUCGGUUCACGUGUACAGUGUUGAUUUCUUAUUGUUGCGUUGUUUUUGUAUUAUUACGUUUUUCUUAUUUCAUCUUGAAUGGAGCAAAAGAACGAUACUGUUUCUUUUAUAAGCACACCUGGCUUUUGUUCCGACUGCGGGUCAAUUCUGCCGUUGUUACGCGAUAUAGGAGGUGUGAAAUGUUAUGCUUGCAAAAGAGAAUGGGGCCCAGAAGCUUUUGGAGACAUGGCAAUGACGUACACCAUUCACUUCAAUUCGAAAAAUGUUUAUGACUCGAUGAAGCAAAAGGAUGAGGAUGAGGAGGAAGCGGAAGGUCCAGUUGUCGAAAGAAAAUGCCCUCAAUGCCAAAAUGACAAAAUGUCAUAUGCAACAUUGCAGCUGAGAUCUGCAGAUGAAGGACAAACAGUAUUUUAUACGUGUACUAAGUGCAAAUUCAAAGAGACAGAAAAUUCUUAAGAUCUUAUUGGAAGUGAAAAAGGAUUACUCUGUGUUAAUAAAACAUAGAACUUUAUUCAUAAUACAUUCAACAAAUAGUGAAGGGAUGAUAAUAAUGAUAAUAACUUCGUAAUACCACUGAAGUAUCGUUAUAUUUUUCUCCUAAUUACGCGUGGUUGAAUAUAUUUUUUUCCAAGUAAUGUAUUUUGAAUUGUAUAUAUUUGAUUAAAUAUUUUUGUACAAUACGUUUGAAUAAAAGAUAACAAUUAA